GUCUGGGGAUGAUGGAGCGCGCCCGGGACUGUGUUUCCUCCGCUGGGAUGUCCGCGCUGGGGCUGCUCUCUGUGAUCUGGCCGCUGCUAAGUGGAGUUUGGAGUUUUAACCUUUACGCGGAGCAUCCCACGGUUUACAGGGGACCCGAUGGGAGCUAUUUCGGAUAUUCCGUGGACUUCUACCAGGCUACGAGCGACAGCAACACGAUCAGUGUGUUGGUGGGGGCUCCCAAGGCAAACACCACCCAGCCCGGCAUUGUGGAGGCUGGAGCUGUCUACUACUGCCCCUGGCCCGGACCGCCUGACAGCUGCAGACAGAUACCUUUCGACAAUUCCAAUAACAGAAUGAUUAAGGUAAACGGGACCAGGGAGCCUCUUGAGUUUAAAUCACAUCAGUGGUUUGGAGCAUCAGUCAGAACACACAGAGGAAAAGUGGUGGCCUGCGCUCCUCUGUACCACUGGCGGACGGUGAAGAUCAGUGCCGAACAGGAGCCCGUGGGGACCUGCUACGUCGCUGUCCAGAACUUCAGCGCCUACGCAGAGUACUCGCCGUGCAGGACCAAUGAUCCGGACCCGGAGGGACAGGGAUUCUGUCAGGCCGGCUUCAGUGUGGAUUUCACUAAGGAAGGGAGGCUGGUCGUAGGAGGACCUGGAAGCUAUUACUGGCAAGGUCAGGUGAUGACAGCGGGGAUAGCCGAGAUACUGAAUGGCUACUCUUUGAAGGCAGUGCUGAGGCAGGUUACGGGAGAGAAACACACUGGAGCCGCUGCACACUCACACGACGACAGCUACCUCGGUUACUCUGUGGCAGCAGGAGAGUUUACAGGAGACUCUGAACAAGAGCUGAUCGCCGGCGUCCCGAGAGGAGCACAGAACUUUGGAUAUGUGGUGAUGAUCAACUCCACCAAUCUGACUUUCAUCCAAAACUUCUCGGGGGAGCAGAUGGCCUCCUAUUUUGGCUACUCUGUGGCUGUCACUGAUUUGAAUGGAGAUGGGACGGACGACGUGCUGGUCGGAGCGCCGCUCUACAUGGAGAGAGAGAUGGAGUCCAAACCCAGAGAGGUGGGACGGGUUUACCUCUACCUGCAGCUGGGCCCGCUCACUUUCACCCCGCCUGUCCCCCUCACUGGCACCCACGUCUUCGGACGGUUCGGCACAGCGAUAGCACCCCUGGGAGACGUCAACCAGGACGGAUACAACGACGUGGCGGUGGGCUGUCCAUUUGGAGGCGAGGAGCGUGGAGGGAGAGUAUUGAUCUUCAACGGCAACAGAUACGUAUCGACGCAAGGUCUGAAGCUGAGCCAAGAGCUGAAAGCGGCCGCGGCCCCCAGCGGCGGCCUGCCCGGAUUUGGAUUCACUCUGAGAGGAGGCCAAGAUCUGGACGGCAAUCAGUAUCCCGAUUUGAUUGUGGGGGCAUUCGGUACCGGCGAAGUGUCAGUCUACAGGUCUCAAGCCGUUGUGUCCGUGGAAGCUGCGAUGACCCUCACUCCCAGAAUCCUGAAUCCAGACGACCGACAGUGUCACCUGCCUGAGACGGACAUCAUGGUGACCUGCCUGAAGGUGGAGGUGUGUGCAGCAGUGAGCGGAGUGGGGAUCCCCAGCUCGAUCGACCUGAGAGCCGAGCUGCAGCUGGACUGGCUGAAGGGCAUCAGGGGUGGAGUGAGGAGAGUCCUGUUUCUGGAUACCCAGCAGCCUCAGCACACCGGGCAGCUGCGGCUGCGUCACCACCGCCCGCCCGCGUGCCUGAGCUACAUGAUUUACCUGCGGGAGGAGGAUGAGUUCAGGGACAAACUGACCCCCAUCUCUCUGGCUCUGAACUACAGUCUGGCUCCGCCUCACCGAGACCAAACCCUCCCUCCUGUACUCAGCCACUACAGCAGCACCUUCCUGCAAGAGCAGGCCUACAUACUCCUGGACUGCGGCGACGACAACAUCUGCAUCCCUGACCUGCAGCUCUCUGCCAGCAUGGACCGCGCCGAGCUGGUAAUUGGAGAUGACAAUCUGGUCAUGUUGACCAUCACUGCGGUGAACCGAGGAGAGGGAGCCUACGAGACGGAGCUUUACACACUGAUUCCUCCAGAGGCCGACUACAUUGGCGUGCAGCGCAGAGUGGAGUCUCUGUCCGAGUUAAACUGCGAGUACAAGAUGAUCAAUGAAUCCAGGAUGGUGGUGUGUGACCUCGGGAAUCCGAUGGUGGCUGGCACAGAGCUGUCUGUCGGUUUGAGGUUUGAGGUUCAAAGGCUGGAAGACGCUGGACCGAAGAUCAGCUUCGAGCUGCAGAUCCACAGCUCCAACAAAGAUAACCCCGACAGCAACCUGGUCACUUUAAACCUCUCCAUCAUUGCCGUCGCCCAGCUGGAUUUACGCGGCGUGUCUCACCCCUCUCAGGUGGUGCUGCCCUUCCCAAACUGGGAGCCCAAAGAGAAGCCGGUCAGAGAGGACGACGUCGGACCACAAGUCACUCACAUCUAUGAGCUCCAUAACGCUGGUCCCAGCAGUAUUCAGGAGGCCGAGCUCCAGGUCGGCUGGCCCUCUCGCUUCCGUGACGAGAACCUGCUGUACGCCAUGGAGAUUCAAACUGACGGACCAAUUAGCUGCCGGACAAACACCAGCCUCAACCCACUCGGUCUUCAGAUUUCCGCUCUCCAGGACACACCUGAAUUAUUGGGUUUCUUGAGAAACACCAGCGCUCCUCCUCGCCGCCACAAACGAUCUGUCAGCGCCCCCCAGAAUUACAGCAGCAAGACUCUGAACUGCACUAACAUCUCCUGUCUGAGGAUCCUGUGUGUGGUUGGGCGGCUGGAUCGUGGGCAGAGCGCGGUGGUUAAGGUUCGGUCGAGACUCUGGGCUCACACUUUCCUGCAGCGGCGUAACGACCCGUACAUUCUCAACUCCACCGUGUCCUUCGUGGUCACGUCCAUACCGUAUCGAAUCCAAGCUCCGGCGCUGCCUCAACGCCGAACCUCGAUGGGGACUCUGGUGCUAUGGGGGACCCCCGAUGUGUCGUUCGCCGUCCCGCUCUGGGUCAUCAUCCUGGCCAUACUGCUGGGACUGCUGGUGCUGGCCAUGCUGACAUUAGCCAUGUGGAAGUGUGGCUUCUUUGACCGGGCGCGGCCCCCGGCGGACGACGACAUCUCCGACCAGGAGCAGCUGACGUCCGACCAGACUGGAGACGCCUAGGAAGACUCCGGACGGCUGCUGGUUACCGCGGUGUGGGAGGAACGUGCACCUUCUGAGCGACUUCAAUCAGAUCUGAGAUCUGGCGUUCUUGGGCUGGAGGCUCUUUCCCCCCACUUCCUGCUAUAGAAACUGUGUGUCGGGACAAACUGAAGACUGCGGCGCCACACAGAGGAGGACCACUGACAACGGAUCAAACGGAGGACGGCAACACUUUCAAGAGAACACAGACUGAAGCAGCAGAACGGACGAUGCUUCAAAUGUCUCUGUGACUGAACCGUUCUGGGCGUCUCUGUAAGAGAGGCGCAAAGAGACGAGAGAUCUAUGCACAGGUGCUGGUGUGUGUGCGUGUGCGUGUGUUAGUGUGUCUGUGUGUGUGUGUGCGUACUGUACAUAUGUAUGUGCUCAUCAGAAGCCACUUGUGUCCUUCAUCCAGUGAGUGAAUUAUUUUGCCGUCACAAAUUUAAUUUAAUUUAUCUCUUUUUUUUUUUCUUCACACACACACAUGCACACACACACACACACACGCGAUGCAGCCACAUGCAUACACCAAUAGGCACAAAGCUGAAGUGUAUAUUUAUGAAUGUAUGUGCAAUAUUUGGACGUUGUGUGAUACUGAGGCUUGUUUACACUGGCAUUAUUUGUUUUUUCUUAGAGUUCAAUGUUUCCAUUGUUUUUGUAUAUGCUGUAACUGAUCGUUUGGUAUAGAAGAAGAUAUUAAUAUUGCUGAACUACAGAAGCAGCUCUUAAGACUUGUUGAAACCACCACAUAACCAAGAGAACAAAGUGAGGAGACCCGUAACAGAUAAAUAACUAAUUACUGUGUGUCAGAGCGACUACAGAGCCGUGUCUUCACAGCCGAGCCCCCGCUAGUUGAAAGCUUUCAUGUGUCUCUUAUUUUGGGUGUUUGUUCCAACACAGCAGUCGAUAAGGCUUCAGAAACAGCAGAAUGCGAAGGUAACACUUUAGUAGCACAGUAAGGUUUGAGACUUUGCUCAGUGUAUGGCAUUCAGCAGUGUCAGAUGUUCGUGAGCUGUUUUUGUUCUUGUGUCGCCACAUGCAGGCAGAGCAAUGCUGUCAAGGCAUCAGCCGCGCCCUGAGGUUACAAAUUUAAAGUACUACAUGUGAGAUGUUUUUUUGUUGUUGUUUGUCUAUCAAGUGUGAAGUUUUAUCAGAAUAAAGUCUUG